AGAUAUCAGAGUUUUUCAUUUUAUGUCAUUGGUCAUAAUUUCCUACGCAAAAGUUAUUUUUGCACUUAUAUACCUGUAGAUUAUUACAGUGGAGGGUUACAGUGUCUUACGAUUGGGAUUUCCUACUUGUUGGAUCACUAGACCGAGGUCACAACUAUCAUACCUCACCUAUAAUCCUUCGAAAUCCCCUUUCUCGCAUUGAUGUUUGUUGAUUCUAGUUGGGAAACACUGCUUUACUAGUACUCUGUGAUAAUGGCGUUUAUUCUCGUUCUUUCUGAUUCCGCCAUUAUCCCAACUCAAUCUCGAUUUUCAAGUUCAUCGUUGUCCUAAGGGCUUUAGUAUUGAAUGAUGAUAAACAACUGACUUAAUUACUCCCCUCUACCUUAUCUCCCAGGAUUUUCGCGUAGCACAUGGCUGAUACAAUAAGAGAUAUCUCGGAGCUCCCUCCCGACACUAAUAGAGGGUAUAUCAUCAACAUCUUGAUCUGGGUCGGGGGUGGUAUUUCCACAAUCUGCGUCAUAUUACGAAUCUAUAGCCGCAUAUACAUAAUCCAACGACCUGGCUGGGACGAUGCCAUUGUCGUUUGCGCCACGCUGCUCAACGUUUCAACCAGAGCGCUUACGUCCGUCACAGUAGCCCAUGGCCUCGGUCGACACAUAUACUAUCUAUCCAGCGACGAUAUUUAUGUUAUUACCUACUAUAACCCCAUCUUGGAGACUCUUGGGAUCAUCGCGUAUUGCUUGCCGAAGCUUGCGAUCGUUAUUCUGAUCAAGAAGUUGAUGGGCACAGUGAUGCGGGGUAUCUGGUUCCUGUAUGGUGUAAUUGUAGUGCUUUUCGUCACAACGGCAGUAUCUAUUGUAAUUGUGUUCUUGGAAUGUAAUCCACCAGGCCAAACAAUACAUCCGUUCUCAUCUACACGAUGUAUUCCCAUUCAUGUCUUUGAUAUUGUCAACACCCUGGCAAGCGCAUGGUCCGCCUUUACUGAUCUGGUUCUGGCUAUUUCCCCAGCUAUCUUCCUUUGGAACCUUCAAAUGAAGAUGUCGCGAAAAAUCACCGUUAUACUAAUCAUGGCUCUGGGAUUUUUUGCUAUGAUUGCUGCAAUCGCCAAGACUCUCCAGCUUCCGAAGCAAAAUUCGCCCGACACAACUUAUGACAUAUUUUGGCUUUGUUUUACAUUCGCUAUUGAAACAGACCUGGUUAUCAUCGCUUCCUGCGCGCCCGCAUUUCCAAAGCUCUGGGUGCAUGUAUUCAGCAAAAGGCAAGACCAGUCCGCACUAAUGUGGUACCAUUCUGUUAGGCCACCUUGGUAUGGCUACCAAAGACAAGGGCGCGAAGAUGAAAUGAUUGGUUCUCACCACACAUGGAACUCUCAUCUCACGAAUGGACAAACGAGUUCGCUUGAGAAUAGGAAUUCGGGAGAGACAGACGAAUGGUACUAAGUCUCCAUAAAACCUAAGGUUCCAUUGGUGCUACGUCCAUCUUCAAUAGAAGCCAUUAUCAUCAUUAAGUCAGGAGUAUUGCUUGUCUUAACCUUGGACUCACAUCCAGAACCAGUAUACCUAGAAAACUAGGAGGCUGUGGUUGUGCUUGAUUGCAUUACAGAGAGUUCGGCUUGAUAGGAUCAUGGCAACAAAGAUUCAUCUCGAU